UGCUUGAUUUUUUGACGUUUCGGAUCGGAUCCGUGUUUAUUCGCCAAAAGUAUGGUGUUUCACUGAUUAUGAAAGACAAAAUUGAAAAUUAAAGCUUAAACUAGUGCUUUUAUAUAGAAAUUAAACUUCAAAAUGUCGCUGUUCAGUGCAAUUUUAAGGCCCGCCUCUCACUUUUCAUUGGCGAAGACCUUCCUGGCCAGUCGCCUGCUACACACCGGCGCAAUCCAGAACUUCCGCUUUACUCCGAUCCUGUGCGCGGAACCGCUGAAGAAAAAGAAGAAAAUCGAUCCGCAGAUCAUCAAGCAGCGCGAGGAGCGGAAGCGCAAACGUCUGGAGAAGCAAAUCCGGCGCCUGGAGAAGAAUGCCCGGCAGCUGAAACCGGUCGAAGAGCUGGAAGUCCCGAUGGAACUGCUGGACGAGCAGAAGCAACGUAAAAGAACCGGAAUCAAAGUAAGUCCGGAGGUGGCCGAGAGUCGGGUGUUGCUGGAGAAGCAGUGGGCCAAGUACCGGAUGGAGCAGAAGCUGCAGGACUAUCAGCUGAUCGAUCGGGUUCUGGCGGCGCAGACCAAGGCGCUGAAUGAGCUGAGGCUGGAAUCGGAAGAACUGUACCAGAAGGCGGUGCAGGUCGAUGAGGGACUGGUGCCGUUCAAGGCGGUGGGACCCGUUGCCACCCCGCCGAUCGAGGGCUACGAAAUGCCCGAUGGGGAGUAUCUGGAUGUGUCGAAAAAGUUUGAAUAGAGGUACUGAGCGGAAUAAGAGUUUAUUCGUUGGUUGCGUUAUUAGA